AUGAGGCAGACUAAAAACAAGAACAUACCUACGCAACUAGUAGAGCUACAGAUUUGCCCUUGCAGGACUAUGAAGAAAGCUGGGUUUGUGCACCAGGACAUGCAGUACCCAAGAAGGACACUGCUGCACACUCCAUUCUCUGGGCAUCCCUCUGGUCCAAGCCAGCCAUUAGAUGGAGCCGCGGCCACAGAUGGUGGGGCUCCAGGAAGCAACUUCGAUGCAAACAUCGUCAUGAUCCUGGCUGUUCUUCUGUGCGCACUGAUCUGCGCUCUUGGGCUCAACUCCAUCGUUCGGUGUGCACUGCGGUUGUCGAGCCAGAUGGUGGUGCGCCCUGAACCAAACCAGGCGACGCGGCUUGCUCAGAGCGGGAUGAGGAGGAAGGCCCUCCGAGCCAUGCCGAUCCUGGUCUACUCGGCUGGGCUGAAGCUCAAUGCUGCUAACCCGAUGUGCGCAAUCUGCCUUUCAGACUUUGAGGCAGGGGAGCAUGUCAGGGUCCUCCCCAAAUGCAACCAUGGCUUCCAUGUCCGGUGCAUCGACCGGUGGCUGCUGGCGCGGUCGACAUGCCCAACGUGUCGGCAGUCCCUGUCUGGAGUGCAGCAAAAGGCCUCUGGCUGCUCUGAGGCGAGCCGGGCUGAGCCAGAGCCUGCACCUGCUCGCCCUGUCCUUGUGCCGCUCAGACCUGAAGGUUUGGUCACUCCUUAUGAUUUUUAG